GUGUGCUGUCAUCAUAAAAUGGCGGCCUGAGGCGAACGGACUCGGUCUCGCCUUCCUCAGGCCAAGACGCUCCAUCCCUCUACCAAAAUGCAGUAUUCCCAUCACUGUGAGCACCUUCUAGAGAGACUGAACAAGCAGCGAGAGACAGGCUUCCUUUGUGACUGCACGGUAGUUAUUGGUGAAUUCCAGUUCAAAGCUCACAGAAAUGUGCUUGCCUCCUUCAGCGAGUACUUUGGUGCAUUUUACAGGGAUGCCUCUGACAAUAAUGUGAUUUUGGAUCAGACUCAAGUGAAGGCUGAUGGAUUUCAGAAACUCCUGGAGUUUAUAUACACGGGAAACUUAAACCUUGACAGUUGGAAUGUUAAAGAAAUUCACCAGGCUGCUGACUAUCUCAAAGUGGAGGAGGUGGUCACUAAAUGUAAAAUAAAGAUGGAAGACUUUGCUUUUAUUGCUAAUCCCUCCUCUACAGAGAUUUCUAGUAUUACGGGAAACAUCGAGCUGAACCAACAGACUUGCCUCCUCACUCUUCGAGAUUACAAUAAUCGAGAGAAAUCAGAUGCCCCUUCUGCAGACUCAGUUCAGCCACAAGCAAAAAAAGUGGGUUUAGAAAAGAAAUCUGCUCAGACCAGAAAGCGAAAAAAGACUUUUAACUCUCAGAAAAACAUGAAGAAUAAACCAGUGCAAUAUCAGAAUGACAUAAUUGAGGACUCAGCAGUCGAUAUGUUUUUAGAUGCAAAUAAACUGGCCACACAGAUAACGGAACAAGCUGCCCAAGGCAGCGAUAACUCAGAGCUACAGCUAGCGUCUGUGGUGGAAAGUGAAACUUUUGCAGCACAAGAUGUUUUGGUUCAGACUAUUACAGUGAAACAAAAACGGGGGAAGCCACAGCAGAACUGUGCAUUGAAAGAACAUAGUAUGUCUAAUAUAGCUAGUGAAAAGAACGCUUACCAACUGGAGAGCUCUGGAGAAGAACUCGAUCAGAAAUACUCCAAGGCCAAACCAGUGUGCAACACUUGUGGGAAAAUAUUUUCAGAAGCCAGUAGUCUACGACGACACAUGAGAAUACACAAAGGAGUAAAGCCUUAUGUAUGUCAACUCUGCGGGAAAGCAUUUACACAGUGUAAUCAGCUGAAAACACAUGUCAGAACGCACACAGGGGAGAAGCCAUACAAAUGUGAAUUGUGCGACAAAGGCUUUGCCCAGAAAUGCCAGCUAGUUUUCCACAGUCGCAUGCAUCAUGGAGAAGAGAAACCAUAUAAAUGUGAUGUAUGCAAUCUGCAGUUUGCAACUUCAAGCAAUCUGAAGAUCCAUGCCAGGAAGCACAGUGGUGAGAAGCCCUACGUGUGUGAUAGGUGUGGGCAGAGGUUUGCUCAGGCCAGCACGCUGACGUACCAUGUUCGUCGCCAUACAGGAGAGAAGCCGUAUGUGUGUGACACCUGUGGGAAAGCAUUUGCAGUGUCCAGUUCUCUGAUCACUCAUUCUCGAAAACAUACAGGAGAGAAACCAUAUAUAUGUGGCAUUUGUGGCAAAAGUUUUAUUUCCUCAGGAGAGCUCAAUAAACAUUUUCGGUCUCAUACAGGUGAAAGACCAUUUAUCUGUGAACUGUGUGGAAAUUCUUACACAGAUAUAAAAAAUUUAAAAAAGCACAAAACAAAAGUUCACACAGGAUCUGAAACCACCCUUGAUUCUAACACAGUUGAUAAUUCCUACAAUGAGCAAGAAUCCAUUCAGAAUCAGAAAAGCCCUUUGUCAGAGUCUGCAGAUGUGAAGCCUUCUGAGAUGACUUUACCACUUCCUCUUCCCAUUGGGACGGAAGACCAUCAGAUGCUGCUGCCUAUAACUGGUAAUCAGUCUCCUUCCUCAGACACAUUGCUGAGGUCUGCUGUGACUGGAUAUUCAGAACCUCAGUUUAUUUUCCUGCAGCAGUUGUACUGACUCUGUGCGAUAUGGGAAUCAACAAGACAAUCCUGGUAGUGAACACACACAUUAUUGGUAAGGUGAACAUCAUCAUCCAAGCUGUUGGACUUACUCUUACUCAUUCAUUUGAGUGAAGACAUU